CACCCCGCCCGCUCUGUUGCUCUCCCGUAUCAGCGACGCCUCUGAGUGGAGCGGUCGACGUGGAAGUGGCUCCGCUGAGACUUCCGGGUGAACGGCGGCGGCGGCUGAGGAGGAGGCGGUGGUGGAGGCGGCGGCCUGCGGGGUUUCUCUGAGGGAGAAGCGGAGCGGGAGGACUCCUCAGCCAUGGGUGGCUUCUUUUCAACCAUCUUCUCCAGUUUAUUUGGUACACGGGAGAUGAGAAUUUUGAUUUUGGGAUUAGAUGGAGCAGGAAAAACAACCAUUCUCUAUAGAUUACAAGUUGGUGAAGUUGUGACUACUAUUCCUACAAUUGGUUUCAAUGUUGAGACAGUGACCUACAAGAAUCUAAAGUUUCAAGUCUGGGACUUGGGAGGCCAGACAAGCAUCAGGCCAUAUUGGAGAUGUUACUAUUCUAACACAGAUGCAGUCAUCUAUGUGGUGGACAGCUGUGACAGAGACAGAAUUGGAAUUUCAAAGUCUGAGCUCGUUGCCAUGUUGGAGGAAGAAGAACUAAAGAAAGCGAUUUUAGUGGUGUUUGCAAACAAGCAAGAUAUGGAACAGGCUAUGACUCCAACAGAAAUGGCAAAUGCACUUGGACUUCCUGCACUCAAGGAUCGGAAAUGGCAGAUAUUCAAAACAUCUGCAACUAAAGGCACUGGACUCGAUGAGGCAAUGGAAUGGUUGGUGGAGACCUUGAAGAGCAGACAGUGAAAUGGACAAACUUUUCCUUCCAUAGUAAGAGUGAAUGCAAUGCUGUAAAUAGGACUGACAGAAUAUUUACCUUUUGAAAGAGAUGAGGGUUGCUGUGAAUUGUAAAUCACACUGAAUCAAUUGAAUGUCUGUAUACUAUGUUUGCUCCACUUCUUUUAACUUGUGUAAGUUAUAUAUGUAACAUCAAUUUUUAUGACAGUUAUAUAAUCCAAAAAUAGAACAUGAAAAAUAUCUGGGGGG